AGAGGGAGAUAGCACGAGUGGGUGACAAGCAUAUCUCACAAAAAUGAGUUUGUUCGGUGGUGCAGUCAUCCUGAAUGUAACAUCAGAUGCAAAGAAAUUCAGGUGACAGUUUAUUUUAUUCAGCCCUCAGCAGAAGUAAGUGAAAUGUGCUCCCUGGGAUAGAAGUAUCUGGACUGGUACCUACUUUCACAGAGUUUUCAUAAAUGAACCUGAGUGUGAUACUGAGCCUGCGUAUGCAAAGUGUGUGAAGAGGACAGAGUAAUAACUAGGAUGUCAACGGAGACAGAAGUUCAACAGGUUGUCAGAGCCAGCACAAGAAAGGAAUCCAAAAAGAAAGGUCAGGAUCGGAGUGAAGCUGGUCUGAUAAAACGUUUUAAAGGAGAUGGAUUCCGGUAUCGGGCAAAGCUAAUUGGUGUGGAUGAGGUUUCAGCUGCAAGGGGAGAUAAGCUCUGUCAAGAUUCAAUGAUGAAACUGAAGGGAAUUGCAGCUGCAGCACGUUCAAAAGGAGAACACAAACAAAGAAUCUUUCUGACCAUUUCAUUUGGAGGCAUCAAAAUUUUUGAUGAAAAGACAGGUGCGAUGCAGCAUCAUCAUGCAGUUCAUGAAGUAUCAUACAUUGCUAAGGAUAUUACUGACCAUCGCGCCUUUGGCUAUAUCUGUGGCAAAGAAGGAAAUCAUCGGUUUGUAGCAAUAAAGACAUCCCAAGCGGCUGAACCUGUAAUUCUUGAUCUACGAGAUCUCUUCCAACUCAUCUAUGAACUGAAGCUUCGAGAAGAGAAGGAAAAGUUGGCUCAGAAGGACAAACAAUGUGAACAGGCAGUUUAUCAGACAAUUUUGGAGGAAGAUGUAGAGGAUCCCGUCUAUCAGGUGCCCACAAGCCAUCAGAAGGAAGGAGUCUAUGAUGUGCCAAAAAGCCAACCACAUGUCGGACUGGUGGUGGAGAUUGAUGAGGAACAGAACAAAACUGAUAAGACUAUUAAUCAACUGGACCUCUUUGGUGAUAUGUCAACUCCCCCGGACAUCACAUCUCCUGGGACCCCAGCAUCACCAGCUAAUGCCCUUGGACCUGAUGCAUUUGCCUCAGGAGUUCUAAGUGCUCAGCCACCAGGGAGACCAGAUUUGUUUGGAUCUGUUCCAUUCAGUGCUGCUGCUGUCCCCACAGGAUAUGUCACGAUGGGAGCUGUACCACCCGCAGUCUGGGCCCAGCAAUCGGGUGCCCAAAACAUCAUCAAUCCAUUGUUAGCUGGAGUCCAGCCUACAGCGUGGGGCCAGCCAACUUUAUUUGCUGUACAGCAGCAGUGGGCCCCUGUUGGAAGCCCAUUUCAGCCGACUGUCUUCAUGUCCGCACAAACUCCAAUGCCACUACAAACUGCCAUGUUCAAAGCAGCCUUAUCUGCUGGACAGCCCACGUUAGCCAGCCAUCAAGAGGAGAAGUCAAAACAGAAAAUUAGCAAGGAGAUGUUUAAAGAUUUCCAAAUGGCCAAACCCCCAACAGUUCCAUCAAGAAAAAAUGAGCAAUCUUCUCUGUCUUGCACCUCAGAUGCCUUCUCAAGCUACUUUAACAAAGUGGGUUUGGCACAGGAGAUAGACGAUACAGAUGAUUUUGAUAUUUCUCAGUUAAAUCUUACCCCAGCAACUUCCAACUCCACACCAUCAUCAAACAAUUCACCUCCAACUUCAUCUCCACAUCAGCACACACCUUCUGACUCCCCCCGCCGCCACACACCUGGAACAUCUUCUCAGCGGAGCACACCUGCAGCAUCUCCCCAUCAGACCUCGCCCACCUCAUGCUGCCAUCAGAACACCCCAUCCAGGUCACCUUCCUUGCACCCUGAUGCAACUGCACCUGAUGACCAAGGGAAGACCGAGUCAGAUAACCUGAGCAGCAGCAGAGUGCAAGAGGCUCUUGUUAGUUCAGAAGCACCUUCAAGUGCUGACGCAGUCGCUGACUCGCUUGGUGAUUCUUUCACCCCACAGACUUCUAGGAGCUCAACUAUGGCUAGAGAUGACACAAAGAUAUUGGGCGUGACCACAGCAAUUUCUUCACUUGCCUAUUUCAAUAACCUGAGCGAAGAGUUAACGAAUGGAUUGAACCCAGCAAAUUUUAUCAGUUUUUUGGGACGCUGGGAAAGGUCAUUAAGGAAUCCAUCAGAGCCAAUUGAUUGCACUCUUUCAACUUGGUCCUCAUGGGGAUCUUGCAAUCCUUGCCAGAAAAAGCAAUACAGGUAUGCAAGACUUGAGAUGCCCUCGCAGUUUGGUGGUGCAUCAUGUGACUCUGCGGACAGGGAAGAGAAGGCCUGCACAGGCCGCUGCCGAUCCAUAAACCUGUGUGAGGGCUUUGUAUGUGCAGAAACAGGUCGAUGCAUUCCUAGUAGGCUCAGGUGUAAUGGAGAUGAUGAUUGUGGAGAUCAGUCUGACGAGAAAGGAUGCCGGAGAUUUAGCUAUGCAUGCUCCAGGGAGACAGAACAAUACUGGGCCGUGCAACAUAUCGCAAGUGGAUACAAUAUUUUAACUGAGAGUUUGGAAGGAACUGUUCUAGAUAACAGAUACUAUGGAGGCAGCUGCGCGCCAUAUUAUGUGAACAACAUAAGAUUCAGAAAACCAUACAACUUAGAAUUCUACAGCUCUGAGACAGAAGGAAAAUUACAACUGUCCUUCAAUGAAUAUGCAUCUUUCCAAAAUUUUACAUCCAGCAGAUUUGAACAAAAUAAACAACAUACGGAUUUUAGUUUGAAGAUCAUAAUUCCAAAAAAAUUUGAACUUGGAAUUAGUUAUCAGAGUAAUAAUUUCAAGAAAAUGAUGCAAAAUGUCCUCAAAUACUCUGGAACAAGAACACACCUAUAUCAUUCACAUUUCUCCCUCCAAGUGGCUCAGUUCAAGGUAAAACCCAGGGACCUGAUGCUCCAUUAUGAUUUUUUUCAAAGAGUUAAACAGCUGCCAACAGUUUACAACUAUGGAGAAUACAGGGAAAUCUUUAAGGACUAUGGAACUCAUUACAUAAGUGAAGGCACACUUGGUGGAACAUAUGAAUAUAUUUGGGCAGUUGAUGAAAAACGAAUGAAGGAAGAUGGUUACACAUUGGAUGAUGCAAAAGACUGUGCCAAGGCAGGCAUUGAUGUAGGAGCCAACAUUAAAGGAGUCUUCGUUAAGGUUGGAGUUACUGGAGGAGCUUGUGCUGCUCUUCUGGAUGUAAAAGGAGAUGGGAUUAGCAAAUCAAAAUAUACCGAAGAUUUCAUAAUAUUUGUGCGAGGAGGAGCAAGUGAGCAUGUAACAGCUCUCGCUCACAAGGAACUUCCGACUGUGGAGCUGAUGCAGGAGUGGGGAGAUGCGGUCGAGUACAACCCCGAAGUCAUUAAAUUUAAGCCGGUACCGCUUUACGAGCUAGUCACUUCAGGCACCUUUCAGAGUGCUAGCAGAAUCAAGGCCAACAUGAGGCGAGCCCUGGAGGAGUACCUGAUCGAAUACAGUUCCUGUCGUUGUGCUCCAUGUCACAACAAUGGAGUUGCUGUUCUCCAAGGAACUCGGUGUGUAUGCAUGUGUCCUGCCGGUUCCCAUGGAGCUGCCUGUGAGAUUACUGCCAGGGAGAAUGUGGCUGUUGACGGCAAGUGGAGCUGCUGGUCUCAAUGGUCUGAAUGUGUAAACAGAGAAAGAAAGAGGACCCGGCAGUGUAAUAAUCCUCCCCCAGAAAAUGGCGGCCAAAUAUGUACAGGGGACAAUCAGCACACAAUGCCAUGUUAAUAAAGAAACGCCGGCCUCAUUCAGCCUGGUUUUGAACUUCAAAUCUGAGUUCAAAAAUUAAUUCCACCAAUCUGUAGUUUUUCAUGAAGGGAUACUUUAAUUCAAUAUUAACAGAACCUGUUAAAUUACUUAUAAAGCUGGUUAAUUGU